AUGUGCCUGGCUCGGUGCGCACCCCGCAAGGCGGUAGCGCCAGGGCACCGAGCACUCCCCGAAGCCCCGCUACCUCACUCCGCUUCGGCGGCCGCGACCAUGUUCCAGCCUGCGGCCAAGCGGGGUUUCACCAUAGAGUCCUUGGUGGCCAAGGAUGGUGGCACCGGCGGGAGUCCUGGCAGCGGGGGCGCGGGCUCCCAUUCCCUGGCUGUAGCCGCCCCCGAGGAACCGCUCAGGCCCACAGCGCUCAACUACCCUCACCCCAGCGCGGCCGAGACGGCCUUCGUGAGUGGCUUCCCGGCCGCCACCGCCGCGGGCGCCGGCCGCUCGCUCUAUGGAGGGCCCGAGCUGGUGUUCCCCGAGGCCAUGAACCACCCGGCGCUGACGGUGCACCCGGCGCAUCAGCUGGGCGCCUCCUCGUUGCAACCCCCUCACUCGUUCUUCGGCGCCCAGCACCGGGACCCUCUCCACUUCUACCCCUGGGUGCUUCGGAAUCGCUUCUUCGGCCACCGCUUCCAGGCCAGCGACGUUCCCCAGGACGGGCUACUUUUGCACGGGCCCUUCGCUCGCAAGCCCAAAAGGAUCCGCACGGCCUUCUCGCCCUCGCAGCUGCUGCGGCUGGAGCGAGCCUUUGAGAAGAAUCACUACGUGGUAGGAGCCGAGCGAAAACAGCUGGCCGGCAGCCUCAGUCUCUCCGAAACGCAGGUGAAGGUGUGGUUCCAGAAUCGGAGGACAAAGUACAAACGGCAGAAGCUGGAGGAGGAAGGGCCCGAGUCUGAGCAGAAGAAGAAGGGUUCCCAUCAUAUCAACCGGUGGCGCAUCGCCACGAAGCAGGCCAACGGGGAGGACAUUGAUGUCACAUCUAAUGACUAGGGGAACAAUCGCGAGCCCACAAGGGCAGA